AUGAAUGUCCUCUUCAACUUGUUGAAUAUUGCUGCUUUGAAGGGAGUCUUCAAAUUCCAUCCCAAAUGCAUAAAGAUAUGCCUAACUCACAUCUGUUUUGUUGAUGACCUCCUCAUAUUUUGUAAGGGCACUUUUGAUUCUAUAAUGGGAGUGCAGUCCGUGUUGGAUGUCUUUUACUCGUUCUCGGGGUUGAAGCUCAAUGCUGGCAAGUGUGAAAUGUUUACAGCUAGUAUGAAUCCUGAACUAUGUGCUUUUCUUUAUGAUGCUAUUGGCUUUAAGUUGGGGUCCCUCCCAAUAAGAUACCUUGGAGUUCCUUUGGUGUCGCGAAAGAUUGUAGUAAAAGACUGCCAAUGUAUGAUUGAAAAUAUUAGAACUAAAUUGCACUCUUGGGCUAAUAGGCACUUAAGUUUUGCUGGUAGACUGCAACUUAUCCGUUCUAUCCUUUUUAGUAUAGCUAACUAUUGGUGUAGGCAGAUAAUUCUUUCUCAGUCGAUAAUAAAGAAAAUUGAGCAGCUUUGUUCCCGGUUCUUCUGGAAAGGAGUUGAUCUGUCUGCUAGUGGUGCUCGAGUAAGCUGGAGGCAAGUUUGCCUUAUGAAAUCUGAUGGUGGUCUGGGUAUUAUUGACAUUGGGGCUGGAAUAAGGCUUGUAUAG